AUGCAUCUAACAUACGCAAAAGCCCGCCGCGUCCAUGAUGAAGAUUCGCAAACUCAGUCGGCGGACGCUCCCCCUACAUACGCCGCUCACACAUAUACUACUCGAGCCCAUACUCAUCAGCAUCCGCCUCGCGCCCGCGUACGGACGCACCACCACCAUCACCACGGGCACGUCCACACCCACCGCCACAGAAACGGGACACGGCACCAGAGAAACAGCCACAGGGCGAACAGAACAAGACCCCACUCCAACGCGGUCCGCCACGGCCAACACGCCUCGCAAGACACCGGCUCGACCGUCCGGCUCUUGCCGCCGCAUAUCGUGGCCGCCAUGCCCAUAUUCUCACCGGCCACAGCGGCACCGGUAGCUGGGAUGGGAGGUGAUGCGUUCGUCGGCUACGGUCCCGCGCCGGAUCAAGACCUCGGGCCGGGGUGGGUUGCGGAUCCCAACUUCCGCCUUGAGCAGGUUCCCGCCGGGAGGGAUGGCGGCGGUGGCGGCGACAGAUGCUGGCCCCCGCUCUUUGCCGCCUUUCGUGGGGCGCCCAGAGGAGCGGCUCGAGAUCCGAGGCGGGAGGCUGCCGGGGAGAGGCAGGCGCACAUGAAUGACGAUGAGAUGGAGGCUGCGUGA